ACCGGGGUUUUAUUUUGUAUUGUGUCGCUGAUUUCCUGCUCUGUGCUGAGUUCAUGCUCCGGGGAAACGGAUCAUGUGUUUGGCUGCAGACUUCUGUCCAGUGUGACCACACGGUGGCAGCAGAGGUCUGACUGUCACACCAACAUCAACAAACAACAUUGUUCAUUUAAAGUUCUUCAUUAAAGAACCGGAGCAUCUUUAAUAAUUAUUGUCAGUAUUAAUAACUGUGAGAUAUGAAACAACAGCAGAUCCAACAGAACCAUCAGUCCACGUCCUUUCUCUUAUCCGAUUCAUAGACCAGAUGACCCAUGUAGACCCUCCAGCAGGUUCUGGGUCUGCCCAAGGUCUCCUCCAAAGGAAGACGUCCAGGAGGAUGAAUCAGCUGAUCAACAUGAAGGCCGCUUGUUUUCAUGUUCAUCAUCUGCAGGGCCUGGUGAUGAACAUGAACUGGUCCAUGAAGGAACCAUCAGACUGAACCUGCAGCACCUCACCUGGAUUAGAGACACUGGCCCGUCCACGGGGCGGCUGGGCAAACCUUCUCUAUCAAGUCUUCAGUGUUGGCAGUGUCACUGGGUUUCAUCUGACAGAGCUUCACUGAGAGGACGAAGACAGUCACUCACACAUGAACGUGUCACGUCCAGAGAGAGUUCACGACCCAAAAGAGACGAGGAUGACAGAACAGGGAGCAGGAUCUCUUCUGGCCUGGGUCUGGACUGUGGAUGUUCUAUUGUUUGGUUCCUGUGGUGAAUCUACUCAUCAUCUCUGAGACAGAAUGCCUUUGGCAGUCAGCUGCUCUUUAUUACUAAUAUCCUGAAUUAGUGAUUGAUACUUUUGACCACAGUAAAUCUGAAUAUUUCUUUAAUUUCUUCUUUUUUCCUGUUUUCUUCUCGUCUGCUCUUUGUUUGCUACAGAACACGACAAUGAAAGAAGACUGUCAGAAAGUUAGACCCUCUUCCUCCUGCCUCCCUCAGCUGGAGGAUCCUGCUGCUCUGGGUGAGCUCCUGAUCUGGAGGAGCUCUCCUCUCUUCUGCUCGCUUUGCAGCCUCCUCCCGUCCUGUUCCGGUGUGCACGGACUGAUUUGGGAUCAGUGAAGCUCUCCGGUUCAUCCAUCCAUCCUCCGCCCCGCCCCGCUCUCUUCCAGCCGGACUGGAGGAUUCAGCAGCCGGCAUCACAGCGACCUGUCGACCCGGAGAAACGACGAUGGCGGCGGCUGCGGACAGAGGAGGAGUCCGUGUCGGCGCUUUCCCACCGGACCCGGUCAACCCCGUCGACGGGUCCGGUGCUGCCGGCGAGGCUGACGGCCGCGUCCCGGUGCCGAUGAACCUGUUUGCGACCUGGGAGAUCGACCGGUCCUCUCCGAGCUGCGUGCCCAGGUUGUGCAGUCUGACUCUGAAGAGGCUGAUGGUUCUGAAGGAACUGGACCGAGAGCUCAGCUCUGUGGUCAUCGCUGUGAAGAUCCAGGGCUCUAAACGGACUUUAAGGUCCAAUGAAUACCUUCUUCCUCCAGACGGCCUGAUGGAGACAGAGCUGGAGCUCACCUUCUCACUGCAGUAUCCUCACUUCCUGAAGCGAGACAUGAACCAUCUGCAUGUGAUGCUGCAGAGGAGGAAGAGGUACAAGAACCGAACCAUUCUGGGCUACAAGACGCUCGCCGUCGGAGUCAUCAACAUGGCCGAGGUGAUGCAGCAUCCGACAGACGGCGCCCACAUCCUCGGUCUCCAUAGCAACCUGAAGGAUGCUUCGGUGCGUGCAGCGGAGCUGAGCGUCCGUUCUCUCUUCAGCCAGCCAAUCGAACAGGAGGACACAAGUGGUCACCAAGGCAACAAGACGAAGGCCUCGGAUCGCUCUCCUGACAUGGAAAACGACUGGGACGACGAUGACGACAGCUUCUCCUCCGAGCAGGAAGGAAGUGAUGACGCGGCCCCACGUCAGGAUAUGUACGACGAUGACGAUGACGUCCAGGGAAAGAUGAAGAAGUCUCACAGGAAAAUGAUACGGACGUCCUCGCUGACGCAGCAGCCGAACUUCAAACAGAAGUUUGUGGCUCUGCUGAGAAGAUUCAAAGUCACAGAUGAGGUUCUGGACUCAGAUCCGGUGGGUCAGAGUCAGGAGGCUGAAGAGGACCUGGACCUGCUGUACGACAGUCUGGAGGUUUACAACCAGAGCGAUAGCGGCCCGGAGCUGGACGACAACGACAGCAUCCUCAGCACACCCAAACCCAAACUCAGGCCGUUCUUUGAGGGGACCUCUCAGUCCAACUCUCAGGCUGAGAUCGGGAGUCUGAACAGUCAGAGGAGUCACCAGAGAGAGCCCAGCGUGGCCGAGACAGAGCUGCUGUCUGCUGGACUGGAAGCUGCUCCACCUGCCUACGAGUCCAAAGGAAAGGAGGGCGGCCCGGGGGUGAGUGUGGACCAGAGAGUCGAGGAUGAUGUUGCCGUGGGAACAGAUGCAGGUCCAGCUGCAAAACUCUGUAAAACACACAUGUCACCAAGUAAGACAGGAAGUCAGCUGUCUCGCCAUCCUUGGAGCAGCUCCAUGAAGGACAGACAGAACUCUCGAGGGACAGACACAACGAGCAGCAUUGACAGUGAGACAGCGUCUGACUACAGGAUACCUCCACAGGUUGUCAGGAAGUCGGUCCUGGACCAGCUGAACCACAUCCUGUUCUGUGCGGAUCAGAUUCCUGACUGCAUCAUCCUGAUCAACACGUCGGACUGGCAGGGACAGUACCUGUCUGAGCUGCUGCUCGAUCAGCCAGUCGUCUGCACCGUCUCACCAGCUGACGUUCAGGCCGCCUUCAGCGCCGUCAUCAGCCGGAUCCAGAGAUUCUGUAACUGUAACUCUCAGACGCCUCCCACUGUGAAGGUGGUGGUGGGUGGAGAUCAGAGCUACCUCAGCACCACCCUCUGCUGCUUCGUAGAGCAGCUGGCCAGCAAGACGCCUGAUUGGCUGAACUACUUCCGCUUCCUGGUCCUGCCCGUCGGGUCCCACCCGCUCGCCAAGUACCUGGCCGCCCUGGACAGUAAAUUCAACAGCCUGUUCAUGGACGCCGGCUGGAGGGAGCUGUUUGGACGGGUGGAGCCUCCACCUCUCGAUCCUGUCGGUGUGGCAGCUCGAGUCUCUCAGUACGUGGGCGGAGCUGCUGUCUCUCACCUGUGUCCGAUCUCAGAGGCCAUGCUGACCUGCAAACACAAGAGCCCCGACGACGACUCCUGUCAGAAGUUUGUUCCUUUUAUCGGGCUGGUGAAGGUCGGCGUCGUGGAGCAGAACUUCCUGUCCACCUCAGUCGACUCUGAUGACAUCACACUGGGAUCUCCUCCCUCACAGUCAGCCGCACCAAUCCAGCAUCGCCUCCACACCUCCCCCCUCCCCCUCCCUGAGUGUACUUCCUGUUUACAGCAAAAACCUUUGUCUUACUCUGAUGAGAACCCUAACCUGUCCUCCUGCACCUCCCCUCAGCUGUCCAGGGGAGGUGUGGGUCUGCAGGUGGACUACUGGAGCAGUGUCAGUUGGGGAGUUGGAGGGAGGUGGAGGGGAGAGAGGAGGGAGGAGGUGGGAUGA